UGUCGGAAGCGUGGAGCUGCUCAGCUGGGUGGCCCGUCCAUUAUGCGAGUCUUCCUGCUCUUUGAAAAUUGCAACGGAAAUAAGUAAAAGCAGCUGUCACCCGAGGGGUAUUGAGAUAGCUUUUGUGAGGCACCAUCUCCCCAGAGUGUCACCUGCUUUCACCUGCUGGGGAAGCAACGGUGAAUGUUUCCACUUCGAAAUGGCAUUAAUGGUUUGGAUGCCGAUGGCACAUAUUGCACUUCUCUCUGCUACAACCAGUAACCACGUUACAGCUGUGACCCUUACCGCUCUUGUUGGGACUGAGGUACUGCUUCCAUGCCAGAUAACACAAAGCAACUCAAAUUUGACACAGAUCCAAUGGAAAAAGGGCACUGAGAAUAAAUCCUUCGCAUUGUAUAAUCCUAAAUUCGGGAUAUCAGUCCCAGAUGAAAGGUACUCCAGUCGGGUCGUUUUCAGUAGCCAUUCACCGCUGGACGGAUCAAUUCUAUUGAAGGCUCUGGAGAUGGAGGAUCAGGGAAUGUAUACGUGCGUGGCCAAGCUAUCCCCUCCGGGAAGAGCUGAGAUAGUAAUGAAUCUAACGAUUUUAGAUCAUGGGAAUGGAAAGCUAAUCAUCCCAUGUGUGACAUUGGGAGUAGUGGUGUUUGCUCUUUCCAUGUUUCUCAUCGUUCUAUUCAUCAGGCGAAAAUGCAGACCAGCAGCAGAAACCUAUGUCAACGUUCCCGUUCAAAGAAAGACAAUUGAGCAGGAUUCAUCAGAUGUGAACGCCACUUACAUGGGCCUGAACUUAGCAGAACAAUCAGUCUACAGCGCAUUACAGAGAUAAGCUGCUUGCAAGAAUGAACACAGCUCAGCCAGACCCCAGACGGUGUUCAACUCUGAACUUUGUCCUGAUCUUUCAACAUUAUUAUACAAACCCUCUUGCGGAAAUUCUGUUCUCAAUGACGUAGACAUAGGCAAUUGUCAUUCCUAGAUCUCUGCUUAUUUAGUGGUGCAGUAAAUUUCAGUGCCUUUAAUCAAGAUUGUCAUCCACCCAAUGGGAUCUCUCUACCGCUUGCAAAUGAAUGGAACUAUUUCUAUUACCCGCCUUUCUCAAUAACAGACCAUUACCAUAUAAUGUAUAAUAGCUUUUUUCAAAAAUGUGGUACAGGGACCAAUUCCACAAUUGAAUUGUGCAUAGCUCUCACACCUGGGCUUGGACAAGGUGCAGAGGGCAUG